CACUUUCGGACUAGCUAGCCUCGGCCGAAUUCGGAGUGGGAAUGUUUUUCUCAAAAUGGCGCUCGGACUGUGUAACAACGAGUAGACAGAAUAGAUGACGCGAAAAAUUGAAAACUAACAAGUAAAAAUUGAUAAUUUUGUGAAAAAUAUAGUUGAAAAGUCUACAUAAGAACUUUCUUAAUAUCGGUUAAGUGGAGUUUGAAACGCUGAACAUCGAAAAGAGUGAAAAUUAAAGAUUUUUACGGAAACGUAGCAUAACGAGUUGCAGGAGAACGCGACGAGUCACGCAAGGCGACAGCGUUGGGCAACGGCGCAUAGAACGACCGGUCGAGCCGUUUUGCCGUGCAGCCACAACAGUCGUAAUCCAGCUAGAUACAUAACGCAAGACAAAGUACACAUUUGAGGUGCUCCACUGAUUCGAAUGCAGAGCGGGUGUCGGAGUAGUACGGGACAAGUGAAAAAAAUCCCCAAAGUAGAAGUUUUCGCACUGCGCGUACAUUACACCAAUCGGAAGCGUAGCAAUCUUAUAAACACGUACUAUAUAACCGUCUUGUAAAACAAUAUGGAUCCCAAUUCAAGUCCUUGGUCUUAUGCUUAUAAUCGUAUUGUGCCAUCUGCCUCCAGUACUGGUUCUGCGGAAGAUUUUCAGCAUCCACACUUGGCGCCUGCACAAUCCCUAUUUCUACAAGCAGCGCAUUCAGGCAUAGCAGCUAGCUUUAAUGCCGCUGCUGCUGGUAGCGGUAGUUUUGUGUCACCCUCACCAAUCAGCGGAUAUAAUCCGGUAUUUCAACAAAUCUACCAUCAUGCGGCCGCAGCUAGCGCGCAACCAAAACCAGCGCAUUACGCCUCAAGUGCGGUUAAUACGCCAGUUCGUCAAAUUCAAAUCCCAUCGACGUUAGACAAACAAUUGACGAAUUUUCAAAAUCAAGCCGCUGUUGCUGUUGUAUCAUCUGCUGCAGCAGCUGCAGCAAAUAAUGCUGCUUCUAAUUAUUAUGGUGAAAAUUCCUCAUCAAGCGGUGCUUCCCCAUCGCCUACAACAUCCGCAAUUACAUCAACAACGCUCAGUUGGAAUGCGCCGAUGAUAUCAAAUACGUUCUUGGCAAUGCAACAACAGCAGCAGCAGCAACAGCAAACACAACAACAGCAACAUCAACAGCAGCAGGCACAACAGCAACAAUUGAAUUUAGUCGCGGAGAAGGUGCAAAUCAAACAGGAGAAACCAGCCGAUUUAAAGGCUUAUAAUGACAUUAUUAUUUAUCAGACACAACUGCAACAGCAACAACAGCUGCAACAGCAACAGCAGCAGCAGCAGCAAGAAGAAGCAAAUGCUGCAUUAGACAACGAUGGUGAAAUGUACUAUACCAUUGAUGGUAAAAACUUUAAAAUUGUACGCAAAGGGCAACAACAACAAGUUAUACAAGUUGAACAAAUGCAACAGAAUGAUGUAAAUGAUACAUAUGCUGCUGGCAGCACAACACCAGCCCUUACAGUUGCAGUUGAUAAUGCAGUGUCACCUCAAGUAAUCGUCUAUAAGACGGGUGGUGGAGGUGCAGAAUCGCCAGCCUUGCGGCGGAACGUUGCAGGUGCAGGCUCACCUGCAUCAGCAGCCACUGUGGCCUAUUCGUCUGUGAUACAAAGUACACCGCCACAACAGCAACAGCUGCAACAACAGCAACACGUUUCUGCGUGUUGGACUAAAAUCGAAGAUACCAAUGGUUCGAACGAUGGUGGUGCUAGCACAGAAGAUGUGAAAAAUGUGCUGCAGCUGCAAGUGAAGCAGGAGAAUCGUCAAUUGGGCUACGUAGCUGACAACGAAGUAGGUGAAAGUUUGAUAUUUAACUUGCCACCUGGGCUGGAAAUUAAACAAACGCUUUAUAACCCAAAUACGGGUACUACCAUUGGUAAUGCAACAGUGUUGCAGCAUACACAACAACAGCAGCAGCAACAGCACUUGCUUGCACAACAAAGUUUGUACAAUAAUAAUCAGAAAUUGCAACAGCAACAACAACAACAAGUCGAAAAGCAACGGCGCCAACAUAUGGUAGCAAAUAUGCUGGUGUCGCCAACGGCUACUAAUAAUCAACAGCAACAACAGCAGCAAACCGCCGUCGCGCAACAGCAGCAGCAACCACAAACUCAAUCUUCCCAAUCGUCACAGAUUCAAAUCAUACCGAAGGUUGAAGUGGAACAGCCAAAACAGCUGCCUUCAAAGCCUGCCAAAACGCCGCGCAAGCGUCAACCGAAAAAGACGCUCGUCACCAAUGAUUAUGCUACGGUACGCAGCCCUCAGCAGGAUGUUGUGCAGCACCAACAACAGCAAACACAGCAGCACCAUCAGCAGCAGCAACAACAGCAGACGCAACAGCAGCAACAACAGCAACAGCAGCAGCAACAACAACAAGCUACAUACUAUGAUUUUAACAGUAAAUGGAAUACGCCACUGAAGAUCGAGAAUAAUACGCCGUCACCGGUAGCGCAGACGCCCGCCAUUAGCAUACCAACGUAUGUGAAUCCACACACCGCACAACAGCAGCAGCAGCACCAGCAACAGCAACAACAGCAGCAACAGCAAGUGCAACAGCAGCAACAGCAACAAGUCGCCGCACAACAACAGCAACAAAUACCACAACCGGCGCAUAUGCAAUCAUCACAGGCGCAAUCACAAGCGCAUCUAACGAAUUUAUCUUCGUAUUACUCGAGCACAUUUCCACAACAAAUUGCUUCACAGUACUCGGCAUGCAUGCAACAGAAUGCCGCAACCGCAGGCGCCAUACAACAUACGCUUUAUAAUCUCAAUCAGCAGCAGCAACAGCAGCCGCCGCAGCCCAUGCAACAGUCACCGCAGCAGCAGCAGCAGCCGCAGCCGCAGCAGCAACAACAACAACAACAACCACAUCCACAACCGCCGCCGCAGCAAGCACCGGCGCAACAUCAUCAACAGGCACCCCAACAGCCACAACAACAGCAGCCCAGCGCGGAAGCAACGGCGGUUGUGAAUGAUCCAAGCAAUAAAGUGAUUGUGCCCAAUAUCGAAGAGGAGUUGGAUUUUCUAACUGACGCGAUAGCGCCAAAGCAGGGCUUUGCGAACUCAUCUUCAAACGUGAACAACAGCAAUGGGCGCAGUGCCACCAAUUUUGGCAUACGCCAUCCGGCAAAUGAGGGACAAAGUGCUGGUAGCACACCAGUGGCCAGCGUGGUUGCAAAUAACGGCUUGGCUGGCGCAGCGACGAGUACAUCUUUAGCUAACAGUGUGGUGACGCCAGGUAGCGAACGUAAGCCGGUUGUUGGCACUUUGAUCGGCGAGAAGAAAACACAAUUCAUGGACAGCUAUUUGAAGUUCCUUCAAGGUGAGCGUGACGAUUCACCACCACCGGCUGUAGUGAAAAGCGGCCGCAAGCUGAACUAUCAACGUUCGCCGAGUGGCAAUACCGCGAAACGUGCAAAACCGGGCAAUGGGAAUAGCGAUGAUACAGCAAAUGCUGCUGCUGCUGCAGGCCAAACGAAUGAGCAACCAGCGAACCCACAGCAAGGCGCCGUUGUUGACGAACAAACCGCUGGUUUAACGGGAGACGACGCACAUCGCAUUAAAAUACUCUCACAAACGCAAAUAUUGCCGAAGAAGCGACCACAAGCUCACAUGGCAGCCGCAGCGGCAGCUGCUGCCGCAGCCGAAACAUCAGCAGCAGCAACGGCAAGCACUGCAUCGGUUAUUCAACAUCCACCCGAACAGCAGCAGCAAAUACAACAACAUCAGCAACAGCAGCAGCAAUCAUUCCGGCCGUACGGUCAACAGCAUCCAACACAAGCACAGCCACAACCGCAGCAGGCACAGCAACAUCCACAACAACAACAACAGCAGCAGCAGCAAUACUGUGCACAAUUGGGCUUCAGCGGUGGCGGCGGCGGCAGCAGUCAAGAUCCACUCACAUUGCCGCCACGACGCGAGCAAGGUCUACGCAAAGCGAAACAGACUAGCAUGCAUGCCAUGUUCAUGAGCUCGGGCAGUGCUGGCGGCACUGGCGCUACGGGCUUGGCUGAUAAUGAAGAUCAAGAGCCCGAUGAAUUUGCGGACUCGGACACAGAUCCCGUGUGGACGCCACAAGAAGAGGAUAGCGAUGAAGGCGGCAGAAACUAUCGCCGAAAAUCAUCGCGUCGCAAUAAGAGUGCACCACGCAAGUCAAACUACAAUCAGCCGUCAGAGCAGCAGCAGCAGCAACCACAAACGCCACUUAAUCAAGUACAACAACAACAACAACAGCAGCAGCAACAACAGCCACAGCAGCAGCAACAACAACAACAGACUCAGCAGCAACAAAAUGUUGAUGGCUAUACGCCGAAUAAGGCCAAUGCCUCUUCGUAUGCCAAUGCUACGCACGAUGCGGAUAAUUUUAAGACCGGUGAUUUUAUUGUUCUACGUUCGGAUUUGGUCAACGAUUGGCCCAUAAUUUGGCAAGUGGACACUCAAUGCAUUCUACAAAAAUAUGAGCCAUUCUGUCAGAAUGGUAAAAUGUUUUAUCGCAACAUGUCAAUGUAUUCGUCUUGGAAUCUUGAUUCAAAGAAGCUGUAUGUUAAGGCGCCUGUGCGCAUACAAGUACAAUCGCACAAAGAGACUAUAGUAGAAUUUAUGCGUUCCGAGCUGUUAGCCGAUGAUACCGAACAAUUCAUUGAGAAAAUUAUGGAGGAUUAUUUGCGUUAUCGUGAUAAUUUUGAAAUCUACAUACAAACAAUGAUAUCGCAAGUGCUGGAUCCCAGUUUUUUCUUGGAAAUAACCAGAGAAAAGGAUGAAUACUUUCUGGGUAGCGUGCGUAUCAUCGAUAGCAUUAUGGACAAUUGUAAACGUAAACUACUCUCAAUUACACCCUGGACGCGCAGUAUUAUUGUUUCAAUUGAAACGUACCCGAAAUGCCAUGUAUUCACUGAGUGGGGUCAAAAUAACUUGACACAAAAGAAUUGCGGUGGAUGUCAUCAGCCAGGCAUAUCGGUGCGUUUCCUGCUCUUUGGCAAUCCCUAUCAUGCCAACACCAUGCAACCGGUGCCAGUUGAUACGCGUUUGGCUUGUGAGAAGGACAUACUCUUAUGUCGCAUUUGUGCCGCGCGUGCUGACAUUUUCCAUAAGAUUGCGCAUGAGAAGUAUAAUUUGUAUAUACACUGUUCGAGACGUGUUGCCGAGCAACAACAGGAAUACCCGGGUAAAUCGUCUACGGAAAUUUUAAAUGAUCUACUCGCCGAACACAACUGGGUGGAUGAGUUGUUUCGAAAUAUGCGUAACUCCUGGGCCGAGGUCGAAAGCUUGGAACGGCAGAAACGUUUUCGUGAAGUUUCGCAAUAAGAUAUAUUCACAAUUACUUACACGCAUACAAACCUUGCGUCAUCGACUUGGAAUUGGUGCUCACGUUCUGAACGAGUUCAGACAAAGAUGCCGUGCAAUACACAGCUCAGCAAAAAGCUAACGAAAUUCCUUAUAAAAUUCUAACUACACAAGCAAAACAACAAAAUAUAAUUAACUAUGGCAAAAGAAAACAAAAAACUAAAAAAAAACACAAAAAUAUUCUUGUAUCAACUGUUAUUAGCAACAUUUUUAGGCA